CGUCAGCUAAUCUCUCCCCUUCCAGUGCAGAUGUGAUGUAACUUUACAUCUGCUCAUGUCCUGGAACAGUUUCCGUGACCAUCGCAGUCGGAGCAGGUGUGCUGUGGAGUGUAGAGAGCUGAUCCUCAGUCAGCUGUUAACGGUUUUCUGCGAUGCUGCUUGCGUGCGAGUUGUGUGUCGCCCUGUGAGGAGUGCGCAUGCGUCCAAUGAGAACGACCCGGUGUCAAAGAGAAUGCGACAAAGCAAGAUAGAUCCAGGUGUGCUGCUUCCGAUUUAGAAAGCAUCAACUCGGGUUAGUUGAAGUAGGUCAACUUUCUCAGAACUUUACAUAUAUUCUCAACAUACUAUAAAGUAAUUGUGUUUUGCCCUUUGGUCUAGCUACUUUUUCAUUGGGAUUGUUAUCAAUUACUGUUACAUCCAGUAUUCAAACAAGGGUUUUUAUGUAGACCCACGCAUUUUUUAAGUAUCUACAAUGCAGAAUAGAGGUUAAAAAUAUUUCCUUUAAUCCAAAAUAUUUGCCCUCAUUUCUUUUAAUUUUGUAGAAAUGAAAUAAAACAUUCGCCCAUAAUCAAACGAUGACUCAUAGUCAUAGUUUAUUAUAAAUCUUUUGAAAUCUUGUAGACUUUUUUGGGUGUGUAGAAAUUGCCAAAAAUCAGUUAUACAGUCUUCAGAUGAUUUUCACAAAACAAGAAAUUUAUGCUUAUGUCUUUUUUUCAUUUUUGAUUAACCUUUUAUCUUUUAUCUGUCAUCUCUUAUCUCGUUUACCUCUAUCUUAUUUUGGCUUUACUGUCUUUUUUGGUUUUGUUAUACUUUCACUCUUUUAUUGUUUUAUCUCUUGCUCAUUUCUGUUGCUCUAUUUUAUCAUUACUAUUAUUAUCAGUACUACCUGUUAUUAUUUUAUUAUCAUUGUUGAUAUUGCCUUUUAUAUUUACCAUCCUUUUUCUGCUUUCAGACCCCCUUUUAACUGCAUUUACUUUUUUCUGAACUAUUUUAUGUUUUUAUUUCGGUUCUCAUGGUCUCAUUUUAUGUUGCAUGGUUCUUGUAUUGUCUGGUUUCCUCAAUUCCAUUUUAACUGAACUCUUUGUUUUUAUCUGUCUUUUUCCAUGUGCUCUAUGACUUUAUUUGUAUAGCACUUUGUAAACUUCUGUAUUUAAAAGUGCUAUACAAAUAAAGUUAUUGUUAUUAUUAUUAUUGUUAUAAUUAUUUAUUUUUUAAUUUUUUUAAUGAUCAACAGAAAAAAACUCAUGCAUACUUUUAAUGGACACUCAUUUGAACUUACUUCUUAACAAAUUUAUAUGAGGAAUCCUCGGGACCUUUCUUAUGGCACGGAUUGAACCAAAACUGAGAUUUCAACAGUUGAGUGUCGUUCAGUUAGUAGCCCUUUAUUGCCUUUUGUAUCAUAUUUGAUACACACUUUUACGAUACUUCUAUCAAAUAAAUAUGAUAAACAAAUGACUAAAAAACACCUUAAUACAGCCCGAUAAAUUAUAAAAAUGUCCUCUUGUGGUUUAUCAGUUUCCAGAAAACAUCUAAUGUAUAAAACAAGAUAAAUAAAUAUAUUUGUUAAAUUUCAAGGACAUUUUGAUUUUUCGGUUUUCCGUAGUAUGUAAAAUAAACAUUUCAGCUCCAAAAAAAAUUGAAUUUUCUGGCCAUAAUUUGGGGUUUCAGGCAUUAAAAGGGUUAAAGUUACACUUUGGAAAACUAGCCUUGCUUGUAAACAUAUUAAGUAGGCAUGGGAGAAAAAAUCAAUUCACAUAAAUAUUGCAAUUUUUGUUUACAUAUUUUAAAUGAAUUUUUUUGUUCAAAAUCUUUUUUUUUUCAAAUGUAAAAAGAAAUCGUAAAAACGGACUUACAUUUGACGUUUAACUUUUGGGGAAAUAUGGUUCCUGGAAUAGUCAGUAGACAAUCAUAAACAUUCAACUGCCCAACUGAGCAUUUUUUGGUCUAAAAGAGGUCUAAUAGACGUCUAAAUGUAGUCUAGACAACUGGUCUAAAAUCAGGCUAAGUUUUCAGACGUCUAAAUUUAGACCAAGUUUGGACUAGCCGGCUAACAGAGAUCUAACUGUAUAUUGCUCAACGGCUAUCAUAAUUAUUUUGGUUUAGUACUUGAAGAUCAGUUAUGCAACUCACAGUUGCUUUUUGAAAUAAAUGCUUAUCAAAUAGCAGGUUGAAGUGCAACAUCUAAAUUCCGUCUACAAAUGUACAGAAUCGAGACGGUUGAAAUUAGGUCUAAAAAAAUAACUAGACGUCUAAUAGCCCUCUAUUGCUCAGUGGGUGUUUCACCGGUGUGAAAUCGAAAAUAUCGUAGAAUCGCAAUUUAAAUCGAAUCGGCAUCCAAAUAAUCGUUGAAGAAUCGAAUCGGGAAUAAAGCAUGUCGUCCCAGCCCUAAUUUUUAGGGGCAUGAGUGGGAAACCCGCCUCCGUGGCUGAAUGUAGAAGCAGGGAAUGAUCUUGCUGUUGAACUAAAUGUUGUAUCUUUGACUCAGACAGGACGGACCCGCUGCUGCUGCUGCUGCUGCUGCUUGCGUGACUUGUAGCGUACGUGACGCCUCCCGCACCACCUCCUCUUCUCUCCUCCCUUUGUGCGGUUGACAAGCCCCUUCUCGGUCAGGACUGGAACACACUGAGGUACGUGAUGUAUCCUUCCUAGAAAUGCGACACUCUUGACGUUUUGUUUUUCUGCACUGCUCUUAGCUUCCCUGCUUAUUAACCUAUGGGCUCUGACCCUCAUUGAGUCCGUUACUGUCGGACUCACCAGCUCGUUUGUAGCCGGAUGAAGCUCGACGUGCAGCAGCGGCGAUGAGAGGCCCGAAAGCCGACUUGCUGUUAGCUUGUCUCGCGGUGCGGUCAUUUGCUCGUGCAGGUGCUACGGUUCCUCCUUAUUCAGUCAGCUUGCUAGCUAUAAAGAAGCUUAACUAGCCAUUGGCUCUGACCUCUUGACCUACGGCCUAGUGCCUGUCCACCUGUCCUUAGGAGACACUUGCCCGCUGUCCACCUUGAUAGUUAGCUUACAUGCUAACAGGUUAGCAGGCGAGGGCAUGGAGAUGAUGAUGAUGCCUUCACUUUCCUUCUCAACCUCCUGGUCAGAUAGCUCCUACUUUAGUCGUUUUAAAAGGGGACAAAUCUUUUAUUUUACAUUUGUAGACCAUGACCUUUAUGUAGAAUAAAAGUGUAAAAAUGUGUGUGUUCUUAAACGCACCUGUAGUUAGUCUGAGUUGAAUGUAAAUGUUUACUUUGGUGUUGCUUUAAGGCAUCCCUGGAAAGAAGACUCAAGUCCUGAUGAGACCCUAUCUAUAAAACAUAAUUUUGUGGGCUGUUAGAUCGUUUUAAACGAUUUCAUCAGAUAAUUUUGUGCUGAAAAACAGUAACAGAGCCCAGACUUGCUGCAAAAUCUAAUGUAAGUUCCUGUUAAAUAACAAACCAUCUUCAAAGUUGUUUGUUUUGACUUUUAAGAGAUAUCUCUGACUUAACCUAAGCUUGAUUAGUCACCCAUAUGAUGAUAGUGUAUCUAAUCACAGGAUGGGAUGGGGAAUUGUCACCCCUGACUCUUGAGAUAAAACCGUUGUAUCAAUGGCAUCUCAUAUCUACAUUUAAAUUUAAUAAUGCAGUAGUAUAGCCCUCUUAAAGGGAUAUUCCAGAGUAAAAUGAAUUUAGGGUCAAACACACCGUAACACCGAGUUAGACACCCCCUCGAGAGAUGAAUGUUGCCGACUGCUUGCUUCUCUAGUUAUACCAACUUUAGUAACGACCACACGCUAGCAAUACAGAGAGCCACAUGCUCAACCAAAAAGUCACUCUAUAGUCACAAAUAAUGCUCAGAACAGCACCUAACUUCAUCAACAGUACAUGUAGGGUCCCAGCCACAGCACUAGCCAUCAAACAUCUUUUUAACUUUGCCUAAUUUCUUUAGCAAAGAGACUAAACACCACUCACCUACUCUCUUCCAGCAGCCGCUUGUUUGUAGCGAGACCUCAGGCCAGUCCAUUACGGACUGCUGCGGGGUGACGCAGCUCAAGGAAGAACAUUUGUGAUCAUUUCUAUAUCAUUUUCUUUAAGUAAUAAUCACCAUAUUAAUCAUUUUGCACUGCAGACACGGUAGUUCUUUUGCCUUAGCGUCUCAGUCUGAUUGCAAUUCCAUAAAGAAAUGAUCAAAAAUGUUCUUCCUUGAAUAAUGUAAUAAUUUAAUAGCGUUCCUGUCUAAAUUCAUUCAUCUUGUCACGACUUCAUGGAGACCUUUUGCAGUGGUGCUAACAACUUUAAUUCAGCACUGUUUUAUGGAAUUACUGUCUUCUUUAUCUAAUCAGAUACUGUGGUGUAUCAAUGUAUGAUUAACUUGCCAUCCAUGGAUUGUCGCUGUGUUGUAAAAGUACUUUCAUCUUGGGCAAUGUUUGACUGAGUGACUAUGUUAAGGGUUUUUCCAAGUGCCAGCUAUUCACCAAACAGGCUACUAGUUACUCAGAUACAGGCGGCUACUUCCUCUAUUGUGGAUUUAAGUAAAAUAUUUUGAAUUACAAGCUGUAACCUGUUUUUCAAGUACAGUUUAGAAGUACUCGGCUCUGUUUUCUAUCAAUACAAGCAUGAGAAAGAUGCCUGUCUGUAGACAUGGCUCUGUAAGAAUUUUGUUUAGCUGCUACACCCUUAACUAGUCACUUUUUCCAGCUGGUUUAUCACUCCAUAUGUUAGUAGACAGCCCCAUUGUUGUUGUCAUAUGCAACUAACUCUACAUCUGCAUCCUCUGAUAUUUUCUGCCUUCAGCCCUGUGUGAAAGCCAUAAAGCUGCUCCGGCACAGUUGGGUGUUUUGGCAGCCUAUGCAUGUGUGUUAGCACAGGGUUAGUGGCUUAGUAGACAAGCUAUGUGUUUACUAGCUCUGGAGACAGAUGUGUGACAUUAGUCCACUACUUCCUGUCCAAUCGCCUCCCUGCGUCCAUACUCACAAUUAGGCUGGGUUCAGAGGGCGGUGUGGGGGAGGGUUUCCCUUGGGAUUCCAAGGCGGCCUAAAGCAGGACAUAUGCCCUGCAUUUAUUAUUGGGCCCUUUUAAAUUAAGGAUAACAUGUUUGGUGCAGCAAAGAAUAGUCUAGGCCCUGAUGUGCAUCGGGUCAUGUAAGUGAAAAUGCAAUUAGUGAGAGAGGGUGGAGCAGAAGAGACAAGAUGGGGUUGCCAACAAACCUGAUGGAACAGGCUUUGAGGACGAGAAUGACACAGGAAUGUUGAACUCGUAUAACACCAAAGUGAAGACUGACUGAUGUUGUUUUGAUUUUAUUUUUAGGUAGACAAGUCCCCUUCUGUAAUGUUGAUUUUCCAACAUCAACGAGAAAUUGUUUUACUGCCUUUUGAGGAACAUUGUUUUACCCUUCCAUGUCUACUUUUACAAAUAUCACCAUUUCAUAUUACUGUGGCAUAACAUUAAAAAAUUCUGAGUCUAAAAGUUGCAGUUCACUUGUCCACUAUCAGUACACACAGGCAUGUUAUCGAUACGCUUGUUCAGCAGCUGUUGCCUCACAUCUAUUGUGCUUUUGAAACGUAGCUCUAUAUUUACUUUAUUCUAAUGAUGAAGUAGACGUGUCUUGCACAACAGGCUGCUCCAGAAAAUAAAGGACAAAGACGUGCACUCAUACUCACACACGGUCAGCAAACAGCCCGCUUUGUGCUUCUGUCUUUGGCCGUCAUUGUUCUUUCCAAACUUGGCCUCCUCUUCCACUCUGAAACAUCAAGUUUGUCUACCCGAAGUUGAUUCAGUGCUACGAGGACUUUACUUUUCCUGACCUGUGUAGUACUUUGAAUCAGUACAUGCAUGAGGGGAGGGAUUAAUGUACACUCACCGGCCACUUUAUUAGGUACACCAUGCUAGUAACGGGUUGGACCCCCUUUUGCCUUCAGAACUGCCUCAAUUCUUCAUGGCAUAGAUUCAACAAGGUGCUGGAAGCAUUCCUCAGAGAGCUCGGUCCAUAUUGACAUGAUGGCAUCACACAGUUGCCGCAGAUUUGUUGGCUGCACAUCCAUGAUGCGAAUCUCCCGUUCCACCACAUCCCAAAGAUGCUCUAUUGGAUUGAGAUCUGGUGACUGUGGAGGCCAUUUGAGUACAGUGAACUCAUUGUCAUGUUCAAGAAACCAGUCUGAGAUGAUUCCAGCUUUAUGACAUGGCGCAUUAUCCUGCUGAAAGUAGCCAUCAGAAGUUGGGUACAUUGUGGUCAUAAAGGGAUGGACAUGGUCAGCAACAAUACUCAGGUAGGCUGUGGCGUUGCAACGAUGCUCAAUUGGUACCAAGGGGCCCAAAGAGUGCCAAGAAAAUAUUCCCCACACCAUGACACCACCACCACCAGCCUGAACCGUUGAUACAAGGCAGGAUGGAUCCAUGCUUUCAUGUUGUUGACGCCAAAUUCUGACCCUACCAUCCGAAUGUCGCAGCAGAAAUCGAGACUCAUCAGACCAGGCAACGUUUUUCCAAUCUUCUAUUGUCCAAUUUCGAUGAGCUUGUGCAAAUUGUAGCCUCAGUUUCCUGUUCUUAGCUGAAAGGAGUGGCACCCGGCGUGGUCUUCUGCUGCUGUAGCCCAUCUGCCUCAAAGUUUGACGUACUGUGUGUUCAGAGAUGCUCUUCUGCCUACCUUGGUUGUAACGGGUGGUUAUUUGAGUCACUGUUGCCUGUCUAUCCGCUCGAACCAGUCUGGCCAUUCUCCUCUGACCUCUGGCAUCAACAAGUCAUUUCCGCCCACAGAACUGCCGCUCACUGGAUAUUUUUUCUUUUUCGGACCAUUCUCUGUAAACCCUAGAGAUGGUUGUGCGUGAAAAUCCCAGUAGAUCAGCAGUUUCUGAAAUACUCAGACCAGCCCUUCUGGCACCAACAACCAUGCCACGUUCAAAGUCACUCAAAUCACCUUUCUUCCCCAUACUGAUGCUCGGUUUGAACUGCAGGAGAUUGUCUUGACCAUGUCUACAUGCCUAAAUUGAUUCAGUGCUGCGAGGCCUUUACUUUUCCUGAACUGUAUAGUACUUUGAAUCAGUACAUACAUGAAGGGAGGGAUUAAUGUAUAUGAUGGAGAAAUUAUUGGCAAGGGUGUCAAUACAGAAACCCUAAUUCACACUGUAUCAGGACAGGCUGACAUGAUUGUUGCUGACCUCUUCUUUCUGUCGCCUUCCUGUAUCAGCUCUGCUUUCUCACCCCAACACAUCACAUCUGAUCCGUCAGAUUGCUCCUCUGUGCGCUGUGCUCACCGUGCCUCACCCUCAUAGUAGCCGUCCGAAAGUCGUGAGACCCGAGAGUGGAGACAGGAGGGGUGUUAUUUCGCAGAGGGACUGUCUUAUUUGUGUCCUGUCACCCUUGUCUCAGUCACCGUCUUGAUCCUCUUUUUACUCUGUGCAGAAAAUGGCUGUACCUCCCACCUACGUUGACCUUGGAAAGUCUGCAAGGGAUGUCUUCACCAAGGGAUACGGUAAGUACCAAGCAGCCAACAGCACUCACUUAUUUUAUCAACGAUUACAGCAAUGGGACUUUGAGGCAAAAGCUUUUAAUUUCAAUACAAUACCACCAUGAUGUGUAGCUAAUUAUAACAACAAAUGUGUCAUAAAAGUGACACAGUAGUUUAGAAAGUGGUUCCUGUGAUAACUGUCACUGAAGCUAAAAAAAAAACACACGUUUGAGAUAGAAAAUAUGUUUUUUUGUUAGCAGAAAAUCUGUGAAAUGCAAUUCGCUGACUGAAAUUUGAUUCACAAGAGAUUUUCAUCCAUGCCUAACUCACAGAAACAAGAGCUUGAACUUCUGUCUUAGUUUAAAACAGUAUCAUGUAUGUGACAAACGUCCUCCAAAACCAAAAAAGACAUUUUGCAAUUUACACAUAUGUACUUGACACCCUCCUGUGACUUUUUGUGAAUUGCACCUUUAAAGCAGAGCCUGUUCACGGCUUGUAGUGUGUGAAAUUUUACAGACAUCGUAUCAGAGAUGUAGGUACAACGUUUAAGGCGGAGUAAUGGAGAUCGAAGUAAUUAGUUGCCUCUAAUUGCUGAAUAAAAUCUUGGUUAGUCAUCCACCUGUCCGAAAUCAGCUGUUUUUAUAGAUCAAACAUCAGAAUUUCUUUCACUUAUUCCAUCUUAUCACUUUCAUCUAGGGCUGGGCGAUAUGGCCUCAAAUCAAUAUCACGAUAUAUUGAUCAGUUCACCUCGAUAACGAUAAAUGGACGAUAACUACUCCGCAAGCUGCUCACCGCCUCCCACAUUAACUUCGUCUACUUCAGCCGCUACAACUUUUGAACCGUCCUCCAUCUCCCUACCUGUCUUUCUCUCUUUGUUACGGACAGUGUCUUAAACGGACACGAGACCAUUGCCUACCUACACACAUCCAAAACCAACUCUUAUUUAUUUAUUUUUUUGACACUGAAUAUACUGAUAUGGGCAAAAAGACAUUGGGUAUUGUCGUAAAUUUUGGUAUCUGUAAAUUUUCGGUUUAUCGCCCGGCCCUACUUUCAACAGACUUUUUCUUUCUCUGCCAGUUUAAGAAAUAUGGGGUAUUUUGUCUGCUACACUCUGGAGGAGCCUUCUUCAUGUAACACAGGAGAAUAGCUAAUUUCUUCACAGUCAUUGUGCAAGCCUAACCCGUCCUUACUCCCAAACACAAACUCGUAAAAGAAAACAGUGGCUGUAAAGUUUUUCAGUAAAGCUACCUUAAGCACAAACCUGGCAGUUAUAGUGGAUGCAGCUGGGGUGUGUUCUGUAUAUACUAUACACACACAGAGCUGAACUCCAGGAGUUAUUGAAUGAUGGUCAUAAUAUAUCAAGGGGGUUCCUGUUGCUGCUGCUGCAAAGUGAUUCACAUUUUCCAAGAAGAAUGAGUCACAUCGAGGCUGUGGGCUGCGCUGCAAACUGAAGCAGGGAACAUUUGUAGACCAUGACCUCCAUAGAAAAGCCUCAAAACAGAGCCCACUUCUGAUGCUGAGAACUGAUCCUGUAGCUCUAGAUGGAGAUAUACAAAGAAAGAUUGAAUAGUGAGAGGUGUAGUAAAAAGGAGGCUGGGGUGAAUGAGAAAUGUACACCAAGCCUGGACGCACAUGGACUUUGAUGUUCGUGUGAAGUACGGUUUAGCUGAAUCAAUUGAUAGCUUUAAUGUUUUAGAAGCCCAUGAAUGAGCAAGUAGCCUGGAGCUGGGAUCUGCUCAACCAACCUGCGGUCUAUAUUUCAUAACUGACAGCUCUAAUGUUCUCACAGACUCUACAGUAAAUCAAUGCAAGAGUUCAGUCAGUGUCAAAUGAAGAGCUUUAAAUGUGCUCUGGAGGCUGAUAAAGCGGUAGAUCGCGUAUCCAAGGGGUUGUUCUUUGAAGGUGUGCUAAUGAAAUAUCUAUGGAGUAGAGUUUGGCAUGGAAAGACCACCCACAUUGACUUUGAACAGUCUUUUAGAUCCAUGUCCAGGAUUCUGAUUUACUUAAAUGAUUGUAUAUAUCAUGUUGGAUGUUUUAGAUUUAAGUCCACACCUGAAAUCUGUCUGACCUUCUUGUUUUAGGUUUUGGGCUCAUCAAGCUGGACUUGAAAACGAAGUCUGAGAAUGGACUGGUAAGUUGUUGGCAGUCAUUAUCAGUUUACAAGAGGCUCCUUACUGGUCACCUGAUUUGCUAAACUUUGUCAGGACAUCCUGCCCUUUUCUACCGGAUAUGUUUGUUUUAUCUUCACAGCAGGUCCAGAAAUGAAUUCUGUGAAAAUUAUUUCCCAAAAUGUGAUGCAAACAUCAAGUUGAAACAUGUUUUAGUUCCACAUUUAGCAGUCCGAGUAUCGUGAACAACAGCUUGUCGCCCUUACUGUCAUCUGCAGGAGUUCACCAGCACAGGCUCUGCCAACACUGAGACCAGCAAGGUCGCAGGAUCCCUGGAGACCAAAUACAAGUGGGCAGAGCACGGACUGACCUUCACAGAGAAGUGGAACACCGACAACACUCUGGGGACAGAGAUCACUCUGGAGGACCAGGUGUGUUUUGGGAUUUGGGUGCCAAAAUAAUUCAAAUAUGGGUUGAAAAAUGUUGUUUCACCUGGUGCUAAAGUAUCAGCUGCCUUUUGUUGUAGUUUGGUAUCGUGUAAUUUCAUUUGCUUCUUCUUUGUACCGUCUCCACAGUUGACAAAGGGGCUGAAGCUGACGUUUGAUUCCUCCUUUUCGCCUAACACCGGGUAAGAAGCGCCAAAUAGACUCUUCGAUCUCCAACUGAUAGGCCUUUACUACUCAGUGAAAUAAAUGAAUUUCAUUGUUAUGUUAUUUCGAAGUGAAGUCAUCUGCCUCUUCAGAAACAUAGACAGCGCAAUGGAUUAUUUCAUUAAACACGCAGACACGUAAGCUCCUUAAUAAGCUGAAAUACAGUUAAGCAACAUGGGUUUGAUUAAAUAAAUACAUCAGUGAUCUACAGGAGGUGCACACCUGCCAAUUAGAUUAGUUAGCUAGCUUAGUCAGCUGACCUGCCAUGAGUAGGUCACCAAGAUAGUCACGGAGGAACCCUUUAAUUUGGAUAAAUAAAGAGCAGAGAGCACCUUUAUUAGACCGGGCCCAGACUGCUGAGACUUCAAACUAAGGUUCAAGAUGCUCAUGAGGAGUAUCCUAACACAAAUAAUGUUCAACAUGUGCUCUAUCUGAGAUCUAAAGGCCCUUCACUCAUGACAGGAUACUAUUAGGAUUAUUGUUUGUGCCAGAGGAAGCAAUGUUGGGUGAUCCCGUUUGACCUCACGGGAUUUCAUGGGGCAGGAAACAAACUCAAGGCUGACUAGAAAAGAGACAAAAACAAAAGCACAAGUCGUAACAAGUCUGAGUCGAAAUGCGGUUGAGUGUAGCUAGUGAAAGUUGUUGACAAGUUUUCAGCACGGUCUAUUUUCUGCUUUCAAAUCUAAACUUUUCCUCCUUACAUCAGUGUUCAGCUCUCUGACGGCGGCUUUCAAACCAGGAUACAGAAGGGUUGAGAGUACAGGAGGAGUCUUUUAAACUUCACUUAUCAACUCAGUCCACUAAAUAUAAAGUUUAAUUUGAGUGGUAAACCCUCACCGUCAUCUUCAACGUGUAAUUUUCACAUCACUGUGGCGUGAACUUCAGGUAUAGGCGCUGAAAGUAAACAAACCGUGGUCGCGCCAGGCCCACAACAUGAACAAGCAGAUGAAGGGGGGAUAACACCGUCUAAUCUGUCACGCUUAAUCUAGCGCUCUCCGGGUUUCUGAGACGGUAGCAACCUGCUCAUGUUUAAACUUGACACAUGUGACAGACACAGACGCUGCCUGCACAGGGAUCAGUUAUGCUGUGUGUUUAAAUGAGGGGUUGAAUGCAAGUGUUUUAUAUCAAACAUUAAUCCUGGACAAUGAGGAAGCGGUGACAGGAUGAUAUCUUUGGGUCAUGCGACUGAUAACCCCACAUUCUGCGAUGUGACUAGUGUACAGAUGGAUAUCUCCAUUUUGGCGGUAAAAAAAGCUUGUAUUUGUACCUGAUCGUCUCAGUCGUGUUGUGUCUUCAGCUCGAGGAGAACCUGACCUUCUAUUAAUCACACGCUCUCUCUCUCCCCCUCUAAUCCCACCAGCAAGAAGAGCGGCAAGAUCAAGACGGGCUACAAGUGCGACCACAUCAACCUCGGCUGUGACGUGAACUACGACAUCAACGGUACAGCCAUUCACGGCGCGGCGGUGGUGGGCUAUGAGGGCUGGUUGGCCGGCUACCAGAUGACCUUCGAGGCUGGCAGGAACAGGAUCACCCAGAGCAACUUUGCUGUCGGAUACAAGACCGACGAGUUCCAGCUGCAUACGAAUGUGUAAGACUGAAAACUGUCAGGAGUGGUUCAUGCACUCCUACUUUAGACCACAUACUGGUAUAUGGAGAUGUAACUCUGGACCCAUGUGGCCCCUCUUCCUCUGGUGUCAGAUGUAUAGGCGGGUGCAUAUAUGAAAAAAAAAAAAAACACCAAAAUGACAUGGUCUAAACAUGUGUCAGUAUUCCUGGUGUAGAAGGAAUACAAAGGAGUAAUGGUCAUUUUAAGGACCUGGAAAAAACACAUGGUGAUAUUUGAAUUUUUAGGGGUGGUGAGAGUGAUAAAAAAAAGGGAUAUCCAAAGUCCCCUCCUUCCUCCCUCCUGACUCUAGGAUGUCAACAAAAUAAAACAAGAAUUUUGGGGCCAUUGUUCAGUUUUCGGUUCUGGAAAUGUAUGCAAAUUAGUGCAUAUUUUAUUAGAUAUUGCUACAUUUACAUAUUCAAACAUAACAUUCCACACAACUUGUAAUACAAAAAAUAUUUGUCUUAAUGUAAGUUAUAAACAUGAGAAGUUUCAUGGUGAUAUCUGUGAUUUAAAAAUUUUACCCUAUUCACCUGGGGUGUCUCCCCGGGCUUCCUAGCCAUCAUAGACGCCAUAUUGAAAAUGACAGCUUUCUAGAGGUCAAACUUUGGUAAACUUUUAGUGUGUUAUUAAGGACAUCUAAUACUAUAAAAAACAGCUGAGAAACAUUUUGUUAGAAUUUUUUGGGGUCAGGUCAUAUUUGCACCUGACUAGUACUAGAGUUUAUAACUUUAGGGCUGUUUGUAGAUUGAAUGUUUACUCCAUCAUACAGAUUCUUACCUCCUGCUUUAGUCUAAACACCUUCAACUCAUUUUGGACGCUUAUUUUUAUCAGUAUUGUGUAAAUCUCGCUGUGUUUAAAGCCAAAAAUAGUGAAAAUAAGGUUCCUGUGGUGUCAAAGAAGUUACCAGGUUUAAUCGUCUGUAUUUGUGUGAUUCCAGACAUCUGACCUUAAUGAGACCAGAGUCUAAAACAGUUUUCUUUUUCUUGUCUGGCUGACUGACUUGUUGCCCAUUUGGCUGUCUGCCUGGGACCCAGGUGCCUGGCAGUUAUUUUUACUCCCAGGUGAUGGGAUUUACUAUAUUGUAAGUGAGGUGAAGUGAGUUGUUGGCAGACAUAGAGUCCUCAGUGAAAUGGCAAAGUGAGGUUUGGGGUCAGACAGGGAGAGACUGAGUGGGAGGGACUGGUGACGGUGUCUUUCUUUCCCCCUGCCUUACCACUGGCAGAGCCUGUCAGACUCAAUUUACAGCUGGUGUUGGUGUGAGGUCAGACAGAGUUUAAUGAAGGCUUUACAUCGGUCACAUGUAUGACACAGAGCAAGGUGUUGGUGUUGUUUCCUAAAACAUAAAAACCAUGAUUUGAAAUGAUCACAUGUAGAAAAGUGAAAGUCAGUUGAUCUUCUGUUCUGCUCUUCUACCUCAGAAAUGACGGGACUGAGUUCGGCGGCUCCAUCUACCAGAAGGUGAAUGACCAGCUGGAAACAGCCGUCAACCUCGCCUGGACUGCUGGAAACAGCAACACCCGCUUUGGCAUCGCUGCAAAGUAUCAGAUUGACCCUGAUGCAUCCUUCUCUGUGAGUAGUGUGUAACCUGCGAGAGUAAGAGGGGGGGAGGAGUCGUAGCACAGUCUGACCUUUGAUAAUGGCCGCGUGGGGAUUCCUCUUUCAUCCUAUUGCCUCGUUAGCAAGUUAAAAGUGCAGAGUUGUGGUCUUGAACUCGCCUCCUUGAAAAAAAGAGUGUGCUUGCAUGCAGUUAAAAACAGUCAUUUGCAGAAAUUUUGUUUAUUUCUUUGAAGGCCUUUGAAUAACAUUUGGUUUUUGAUAGAAAAUGGAGAUGCAUGACAACUAGUCAUGAGGUUACACAGUUCAAAUCUAGCUCACAAUCUUCUUUUGCAUGAGCUGCUGAGCUGACCAACUUCAAAAAGAAUGGAUUUAUACAUACAUAACUGUGAAAACAUCAGUUCAGUUCAGCUGAGUAGUAUCGACAGUAAAAUGAACAACAGGAGGAGUCACAUAAGUGCAGAGAUCACACCUGAAGCAGAUUAUCUUCAGUUUAACAGUCAUAUAUUAAUGUCAGUGUCUCUUUAUUGACAUUUGGGCUAAACUGAGCUCAUUUUGAGGGGGAAAGUCGCAUAUGUGAACACAAACAGCCAAUAUUAUCACUCCAACUUCACCAGCUCUUUUUCCAACCAGCGCUCAGUAAAAUUUCUAUGCAAAGUCAGGUUGAACCAGCAUGACAUUUAAUGCGCUGCAAGCUAAUGCAGGAGCAUAUUGUACCAUGUGAUACUAACAUUAAGUUCUUUCUCCCAUAAUUCUUUCAGAAAACAGGUGUACUAGAUGUAAUUUUAAAGGAGUGUAAGUGUAUUUGUUUGUCCUGUAUGACUUAUAUCUGUUUUCUCUACACAGGCCAAAGUGAACAACUCCAGCCUCGUGGGCCUGGGCUACACUCAGACUCUUAAGCCAGGUGAGUUUCUAGUUCAGGUUUCAAGUCUGUAACGCUGACCAGGUAAACAAAGAUAAAUAAAAGCUAUCAAAAUAAAAUUUACAAGCUAAAAGAGAAACACAUAGGAAUAAAAGCCACAAUCAACAUAAACUUUCACAAAAAUGUCUCAGAAAAGUUUGGUUUAGUAAUCAACCUGUAUAAUAUAAAUGCUGUUGAGACUGAGAUAAGCUUCAAAUGACCACAUUCACCACACUUUUCUGAGCAUUACCUUACUAGAUGUGUCUCUUUCUGUAGGCAUCAAGCUGACUCUCUCCGCUCUCCUCGAUGGAAAGAACAUCAACGCUGGCGGCCACAAGCUCGGUCUCGGCCUGGAGUUCCAGGCAUAGGAGGAUGAGGCACACGCUCUUCUACUCCUCCCAGCACACAUGCAUUCCCCACCAAAAGAGAAAAAAAGAGAAAAAAUAAUAAUACCCAAACCUUUACCGAUUAGCUUGCCCUCACAAAACCCUUGUUUCCUCUAGUAAUGCUUCAGCUGGAAGCGAGACAGCAUAUAAAGGUCAAAAUCAUUCCUGCGAUGAUCUACCACUUUUAAAGGACCACUUAAAGGGGAUAUUAUAUUGUCAAAAUACAGAGCCAGUGUACAGAACAAAACUACCAUGGAGAGUUUGAUCUUGAAUUGUGUACCUUGCAAGGCAGAGGCAGCCUUGAGUGCAUCCAUGUUGGCCUCACUCUUUGUUGCUUCACUACAUUCUAACUUGAUGCUUUAAUUUGUGUGUCUCUCUGCUUUCCAACGCAGAGAAAAAAAAAGGAAAAGUAAACACCAUCAGCCCGAAAAUGCAUUAAGGGCUCCACACGUUCAACAUACAGUUCAGUCGUUACACCACCGGAUGGUGCUGUUACAUUGCAUCAUGAAGCACUCCUGCUCAAAAGUUGCAGCGGUGAAUACUGUCUUAUUUCCUCACCUCUGCACUGGAGAGCUCUAGAUAUAUUAUUAUAUUAUGGGAAGGGUUAGUGGUCCCUGAUGUAAGCAGCUGUCAGUAGCUCUGAGACACACUACACCCCAAAUGUGUACAUUCUGUGUUUUUCGUCUCACUUGUUUAUUGUGUCUGUGCAUUUGGUGUGAAACAUGUCUUUUGUUACAUAUAGCAAAAAGAGAGUCUUAUUUUAUUGACGGUCUUAAAUAGUUUAUUCCACCUGUGAAGUCUUAUGAAGGUGAAGAUCUGUCAAUUGGAGCAAACAGAAGGAAAACCUAUCAUGCACACAUUUAACUCUGGAGGAGAGUUACGGUUCUCCUUCGAAGGAGGACGACGAUGACAAAAUCAUGGAAACAGUGGACAGAAAAUGGUAGUCUUCCACGACUGGUUAUGGGAGUCAUGCUUAGUGUAAUUGACAGUAUUGUCAUUCCCUGAAUUAAAUAAAGGACAUCUUGAACCAGCU